AAUAAAUGUAAAUAAAAAAAUUGAAUAGCAUGUUACCAAAUAACUUUUGUUCAUGUGUGUUUUAUUAUUGAUUGAAUAGCGAAGUUAUGUAACUAGCUUAUAUCAUCCAUAGUACGAUAAGACCGAGUAAGAUAGAGUAAUAUAAAGCAUUGGUGUAGACACAGAAUCGAUAUUAAUGUAGAAUAAAAGUCAUGUCAACGUAAUUUAUUUUAGCAUUAUAUCAAUAUUUGUCACGAAAAACCUAGAAGUAGAAAUUUUGGAAAUAUCAGAGGAAGAGUCAACACGAAAAAAUAGAAUUUGUCUUUUGCUCUUGUACCUUUCUUCUAGGCAUCUUUUCAUCUGUCUGUAUUACAGAGAAACUACCUGUGACCCAAUCACUUUAAGGAAGAGUAAGACAGCAGUCGAUGGUUCCAACUAAUUAGACUUGCAUUUUUUUUUAAGUGCAAAUUCCCGAAUGCUAUGGAGUGUACUAUUAAUUUAUGAACUAUAAUAUAAUAUAAUUUAAAAAAAUUAAAAUGACUAAAGGGAAAUGGUUAGUAAUUGGUAUUUCGGGUGUAACAUGUAGUGGGAAAACUUAUCUAACUAACCGACUUCAUAAAGAACUGAAAAAUUCGAUCGUGAUACAUCAAGAUAACUAUUUUUUACCAAAAGAUGAUCCACGACAUACAAAAAUAGAAGAACUUAAUCAUUUUAAUUGGGAACUAAUAACUAGCAUGGAUAUGGAUAAAAUGCGUUUAGAUGUUUUAAGUUUAAUUGAAUCUUCGCCAAAUGAAAAUAAUUUUUCCAAAACAAUUAAUAAAAAUAUAUUAAUAUUAGACGGGUUUUUGCUUUUUAAAUGUAAAACUAUUUCAAAUUUAUGUGAUCGUAAAUAUUUCAUAACGUUAACCAAAGAACAAAGUUGGGAAAGAAGGAAAAAUAGAACGUACGAUCCACCUGAUGUGCCUGGAUAUUUCGAAAAAGCUGUAUGGCCGGAAUAUUUAAAACAUAAAGACGAAUUAAUGAAAGACAAAGAUUUAUAUGAAACAAUAACAUUCAUUGAUGGAUCAAAAAGUAAAGAAGAAAUAUUUGAAAUAAUUUUUGCGGAAAUAAAAAAAUUAUUAUCAUAA